ACCCUGGGCAAGCAGGGUCGAGUAGACCCGAGAGCUACAGAUCUCACCCUGGCAGUCAUGGGAUCUGCGCCGCACCCGGGCUUCCUCCACUGGCCUCGGAGCCCCCAGAUUUUUUCAUUUUCUCAGUAGCUCAAGGAACAGAACUAAGAGAAGUCAGAAACAAAACAGCUAGACACAACAAAAAGCAGAAGUGGGCGCUCAGAGACUGACCGUCCCCGACGGGUCUGAAACCGUGGCGGGUCCAGCCUGGCUUGUGUGUGGGAGAAAUGCCCCUACUGGCCUCAGCUGUGUGGCUGCCCAAACUGCUGUUGCUGCCGCUUUUCUGGCUUCCAGGCUGUGUCCCUCUUCAUGACCCCAGCACUGUGACAGGCACUGUGGGGGAAUCCCUGAGUGUGCGGUGUCAGUAUAAGGAGACAUACAAGAGCAAUGCCAAAUACUGGUGCAGAGACUCACUGAUAUUGUGUAACGAUAUUGUCAAGACCAGACCCCCAAAUGAAGCUAGGAAUGGCCGAGUGUCCAUCAGGGACCAUCCAGCCAACCUCACCUUCACAGUGACCUUGGAGAACCUCGCCCUGGAGGAUGCAGGCACCUACAAGUGUGGAGUGGAUGUACCGUUUAUGACUGAUGACUACUUCAAGGUUGUGGUGUCUGUGGUUCCAAGUCAGCUCCCAGCAUCAACACAAGGGACACUUCCGGUGCCUACCAGCCUGGCCACUAGCCUAAUCACCAGUCUGACCACUGAGGGUCCCACCCGAGGAUCCGUGAAGGAACACCAUGAGCAUCCUGGGCCCUCGGGCUUGAGCCUCCCGGUGCUGCUGUCCGUGUUAGCUCUUCUGCUGUUCCUGUUGGUGGGGACCUCUCUGCUGGCCUGGAGGAUGUUCCAGAAGCGUCAGGUCAAAGCUGAUAAGCAUCCAGAAGUAUCCCAGAACCUCCGGCAGGCUGCUGAGCCGAGCGAGUCCCAGUAUGUGAAUCUACAGCUGCAUACGUUGUCCCUGAGGGAAGAGCCAGCACCACCAAGACAGGUAGAGGUGGAAUCCAGCACAGUGGGAUUCCCCCAGGAAGAGCUUCACUAUGCAUCCAUGGCAUUUGACUCAGAGAGGCAGGAUUCUCACACCAAUGGGAAUUCCCCACGGCCGCCUGAGAACACAGGAGCAGAGUACAGUGAGGUCCGGAAGCCAAGGGAAGGCCUCUCUGACCCUCACCUGUGAUUCCCUAUCACCUGAUCCUCUCAAUGGUGACCACCGCAUUCCUGAGCUGCCUGCAGGCUGUUGCCCCCAAUGUCAUGAGCCUAGCUGGCUUCACUCAAGAUGAGCAGGAACCAAGGCUCCGUGGGGACAGAGGCUUGUCCCCGCUGGCUCUCUCCUCUUAGCCUGCAUUUCGUUCUACCUUUGGGUGUGGAAGACGUAGUCGCUGCAUCUCUUGGGGCUUUGGGAAGUGACAUGGUUCAUAUAGAAGGGCACUGGUGUUAGCUUUGUAGUGUCCACCCAGCAGGAACGUCGAUGAUCUCUGGGGAAGGUGGAGAAACUGCGAAGAAACAUGAGAAUGCGAAGGAAGGGGAGUUGUGGAGGCAUGAAACACCAGCUCCCCCAUCUCACAGAGAACCAAAGCCAAGCUCUGAGGGAGGAGCCUGGCCCAUGACUCCAAGGUCAGGGGAAAGUUCCUCUGGACUCUUAGAUAAAAGAUGAAAUAAAGCUUAAAAUAUCUUCUUCAGGGAGAAGAA